CGUUUCGACGUGCCCGCUUGUUGCCAUGGCAACGUAAAGUGAACGGCCAACGUUUGCGAGAAUGACAAGCUAAUGGCUAAUGCUAAUUAAUGUUUUGUCACCUUAACGUGAUUUACCGUUCACUAUAUAACGAUAACUUACGAUAACUACUAACGGCAACAGGAGUAGCUAGUUAUACCUGAAGUAUUUUUAAAAAAACAAUUUGUUUUAUACUAUGUUUGUUAGCUAACUGGCUAGGUUACUUAGCUAAUCCUGUGAAUAGGAUAAUGUAACGUCAGCACAAAAUAACGCCAGAUUAUUAUAAUAUUACUUUAAUACAUUAUACUAAUGCUUUGGUGACAUUAAUUGAUAUUAAAUCACUUAAGAUUAAAAUGGAUAAGGCAGCGGUUUGCAGCACCAGCCGUAAUACCAUAAGGACAGAUCUCACUUUGCUGCUUGAGUGUCUGAAGUUUCAGAUGAAGUGUCCUGAUUUGCAGAAACAAGCUCUCCUUGCCAUUCACUCAAUCUGUGAAAAGAGAGAGGACGCUGUGGACAUGCUGAGAGAAAUAGGAGGAGACACAUUUAUUUAUAACCUUGCCAAAUCCAAUAUUGUUUGUUCAGAUGUUAAGGAGACUGCGCUCUUCACGCUUGGGACGCUAGCAGAGGCCAAUGUGUAUUGCAAGAAUUCUCUGUGCAGAAAAGAGACAUUUGCAGAGAUCGCCAAAUGGCUGAUGAAAGACAUCCCGCUGACUCUGAAGAGAGUGUCUGUCUAUUUGCUGUCUGUAUUGGUAUCCAACAACAAAUCAGGACAGACUUUAGCUCAAACUACUGGCUGCCUGGAUAUUCUACUAGACCUCUUCAGGGCCACUUUCCCCCUUUCCACAGAUGCUACUUUGAGACCAACUAAUGCUACUCAGACCAACCAACUAUGGGCAUCUGUGUCUAGUGCUCUCUGCGGAUGUGUCAACAAUCCACAGAAUGACGAGGGUCAAAGUAUUUGUGUGGCAGCCUUUCCAAUAAUAAAAGUCUGGCUUGAACAGAUUACUAUGCCACGCACUGAGAUUUUUCAACCCAUAUGUUCCUUCAUAGCAAUGACAGUUGCCAACAACGCCAGCGUUCAGGAGAGUUUUUCUGCCUCAGGGUGCCUCAAUACUCUUGCUCUUGCACUGGUUCGUCUAGCUCCUGCCUCGGAUACAAGCUUGUUGUCGUGCCAGCUUUCUGUCACUAUAACCAAGACCCUGUCAGCCUGCAUCACAGAUAACUCUACUCUGGCUUCAGGUCUGUCUCAGUAUGGCAUGGUUACCCACCUCUUCAACUUGCUGGCUAGUCCACACUUGGACCCCGAGGACAGGCUUUCUGUUUUACUCACACUGGGCCACUGCACUGAAGCCUCUGAGGAACACCAGUCCCAGUUGGUGCAGUGUGGAGGUUUGCCUGUUAUCAUAACGCUACUCACAGAGGAUACAAGCGAGGAGGUUAGAAAGGCUGCUACAUUCAUAUUGCAGACCUGCAAAGAGGCCACCAUGUCCUUGACAGUGCCUGGUCUGAUAUCAGGAGAGGAUGGGAAUGCGGAGCCUCUUACAAACUUGGAAGCAUUCAGGAGCUCAGCCAGAGAGCUGCUGUACAGGAUCGACCUGCUAACGAAGACACAGGCAAAGGAGGAUGAGGAUGAGCAGGAAGAUGCAGACCCAUCGGCUUCAACUCUGCCUCCAGUCUUACCUCUGCUUCUGCAGAAGGAGGAGAACAUUAAAACUAUCCCCACUGCAUACAAACAAAUCAGCACUCAUAUGCAUGUAGAAGCAGGGGGUGACAACAGCAUCAAAUCUCAAACUGUCAAAAAUGUGAUGAAUGAAAAUGAACUGAAAAAUGUGAGCUCCGACUUAAGUAUGCAGGAAGAGAGGGCUGCGACCAGCGCAGGCGAUGUGUGGUGCUCAGUGUGCAAGGGCACUGGAGUCCUCGUGUCUUCCCGUCAGCAGUCACUAGAGGGAGGCAGAGAGCCUCAUACAGCAGACACUCAGUUGUUUAAACCCCCAGCACCAGCGCCAAAGAGGCACAGUGUGCCAACAGAAAUGAAAUGUACCGAUAAAGAAGGGUUGCAGGGCUGUGAGAUGAGUAAGGCGGGCAAAAUCCCAGUAAAGAAGCAUUCAUUUGCUCAUAUCCGUUGUGCAGGUUGUGUGAUGCGUUUUGAGGAGGUGACCAGCCGCACUUUUGCGUCUCUCCAAAGCUCCUGCCGCCACAGCUGUGACAUUCACAAGGUUCUUCAGGAGGCCACAGAGCGGUACAGGACUCGUAACUGCAGCCUUCUGUUCAGGAGACAGCACCAAGACAUGACUGCAGACUCAAAGAGGGUUUCAGCAGCAGAGCCACAGAGAAAGUGGAAAAACUGUAGCGAGGUCCGCUUGACUCCAAUGCGUAAAGGAGCAGAGAAAGGCAGGAGCUCCAAGAAGCUCAAUGCUGUCAUAGACAUAACUUUAGCUCCACUGUACCGAGAACCUAAAAAGGACGCACUGACCUCUUAUAGGAAAACAGGUCCGAGCUUGACUCCUCUGAAAAGGCCAAUCUCUUGAAGUGAAAGAAGAAAGACACUGGCCGUGAGGAGGAAAUGCAUUACCUGGGGUGCGGAGUAAAGACUUCCAAAACUGCAUUUAGAUGAACUGUCUGAAUGUUGUCUUGUCUUCAGAAAGGUAACGCCCAGGAUGCCGGUCCUGAGAGCCUAGAUCUGCCCCUUAAUAAUGGCCCUCUGUAAAUUUAGUACUUUAUAUAUGGGUUGUGUUGUCUUCAAAAGAGUUUUUGGGCAGUUUGAGUAAACUUUGAGUAAAGAGCAUUUUAAAGUUGUUUUGUUAUUGCACUGCCUAUUAAUGAAUCACCACUGUGUUGUCACAUGUAUAUCUGCAGAUCUGCCAGAUUUGAUUGCAACAGCGCAAUGAGUUCAUUAGUUGUGACAGUGAAAAAGCCUAACCCUUUUUCUGAUUUCUGUACAAUAACCUGUUUGGCCUGGUCUGAUUUGUUGUGUACCAGUUUGGAUGAUAGAGGAUCGUGCUGUUCAAAAAAGCAAAUAAAGUUUCUGCACUUGUGUUAAGAAAACAAAUAUUAUAUGUGUUACUUCCUUGACAUACGGAGUCAUGUAAACAAAGAUAAAGUUCUGUUCUCUUUAUUUUCUGUCCAUAGCGAGACAGGAAAUCAACAAGGAGAGUGGGGACUCAAGUCAGGCACUUUUGUUUAUUGAGCGUAAGCCUCUGGUAUGACAGGAAUCACAAAUAGUGCAAAUCAUGCUGUUUAUCUGUUCUGUGUACAUCAAGAAGCAGCACAGUCUGCUGACUGUAUCCUCCUAAAGCUAGCUUAACUGAGAUCGCUGUCUGAAGAGUGCCUCUCCCAGUCCACGGGGACUCAUCUGUGUGUUGCCAAAACCAUGGGACUUAAUAGACUGCCAAUGCCCUGAGGCGUAGCCUGUUAAAGUAAGGUGUGGCUGGACAAGACAAAAUGUUUGGGACUUAUGGAUUAUGAGUUACGCAACUGGAGAAGACAUAACUCUUGCACCACACUGAUUUACUGAUCCCGAUGAAAUACUGUGCUUUAAAAAGUUUAAAUGGAACAGUAUAAUCCUAAGUAUUUAGGCAGGCAGAAGUGGCCUCUCAUACCAAUCCACUGACUACUUCGUAAAGAUGUUGGGAUAGCAAUGCAGUGAGGGCAGGGGGAGUGUGGUGGGAGAGGCAUGUGAGGAGCAGAUUUCUCAUGGACUGAAACGCGGUCACACUGAAGACUUUUGACCCAGGCCCCCCGAAAACCUCCUUCCUCUGGAAAGAAUGUUGCUUCGUCUCUCCCCCCUUCUUCUGCUCCCUCCCCUCUCGUCCUCUCUCCCACGAGACUGUGAAGGCACUGUCUUUCUUACAUGGUCUGUGCUGUAUUGCCUGGAAUUUAAUUUCCAUGUGUACACUGUGUCCCAUACAUGUACUGCUGUGUUGUUAUGUGGCGAGCCUACAGCUUUGUGACGUCACAGCUGAUGAAUGUUUGAUGCUGAUGCUGAGUAUCAUGCCAGCUCGCCAGCUCGCCUUGAUCUUGUCCUGCUACUUUUUCAUCCUAUCCAUUCUUGGAAUCCCGAACAUAGAAUAAUACCUGGUUUCUGGUUUAAAAAAAGAAAAAACAGAUGACCAUGGCCAUAACGUGGAAUAAUAUUUUUAUUUUCACAAGCAAGCCACUACUAGGGUUAAAAAAAAAAUCCCAUUAUUGCAUUAAAAAUACAAUAAAAUGAUGAUCACACCUGUUAGAGGAAUAUUGCAAGAUCCAAACAAUAAUGUUUGGAUCUUAUGUUAAGGCAUAAAUGUUAAUCAGACACUUCCUGCCGUUCUGUAUAGCAGUAUACAUAUACUGACUCCAUCUUCGAAUGCAUUGCUACUGUCCCUUGCCUGUCAUUUCAUUAACUUACAUCCACCAUUACUUUUUAUUCUUUGUACUUAAUCAAAAUGAAAAUAUAUAUAUAUUUGUGUUUUCCUUGCAUAAGGUUGUUAUAUAGCAUUGGCACAGCAUUCUUCAAGUCUGUACAAGAAAUAUGUUUAAAUUCUUGUUUGAAGCUUGCUGAAUUUGCUCAGAGAAAGGUCUCUGUUGUCAGUACACUCAAACUGUUUGAGCCCCUUUAACCCUCACCCACUUCUGUAUAAAUGUAUGG